CGAGCGAGCGAGCGGCAGUCGAUCCAACGAUCCGACAGACACGCUCGUCCCGAGCUGUCUUAACAUUUUUAUAUCAAAAAUAUUCCACAAACAUCCAAGUUAAACUUAUACAGUGACGCGUAAUAACUACAUUAGUGUUAUAAAAGCGCGCGAAGUGAAAUCUUUAAGAUCUGUGAACGAACACGGUAUUCAAAUUAGGAACGUUCAUCGACACCGAUUGUAAAGCUUGUUCUUUUCAUUGAAGUAGCGACUGGACUCUUGGAUUUGGUUUGGCUAUGUGAUGUGAGUUAAUUCUAGAUUUUCACCUACAGCGGAAACAGCUUACGUAGACGGCUAGCGGUAAAACGCCGUCCGCGCCGCACGCUAGUUCUUGUUUCAUGUUGAGUAACCGUCAGGUUUCUAAAAAGUGCUUUCGAACGAACAUACAGCAGCGUAUACGUGAAUUUUCGGUGGUUCGCCCACUGUAGUCCCGUUAGAAAGUGUGUGGGACUGUGGACAGUUUGUUGUGGAGUAGUUGCAUGGACCGGGAGUGCCGAGGGUCGAGUGGUAGUGGGCCGAGGGUGUUGUUGUGAGGUGGUGAGCAGUGCAUGGCGCGAUGAUCAGCGGCGGCUGGGUGUGCGCGCUGCACGUGCGCACGGCAGGGCUCGGCGGCGCAGCACUGGGCUCCGACGAGGAGGAGAUCGUCUAUCUCGCCUAUGUUGUUAUUGAUGUGCUCACGAAUCAGAUUAUUGGAGAGAGAGAAUAUGCCGUCAGACCCACGAGAAGGCCUUCGGAGGAAUUACAGACUGGACAGCCCUUAGAAGUUAUAGUACAACAGUUCGAUGAGUUCGUGAGGUCGCUGCAGGUGGACCCCCACUCUCCGCUCUUCAGGCUCGUCACUGACGGACAACCUCCUUUAAGACAAUGCCUGCACCCCGAAGCCUGCAGCAAGGACCUCUCCCUGCCCACAUACUACGCGCGUUUCCACGAUAUUCGCAAGGAGUAUGUGCGCGCUUACACGCUGCGAGCGGUGGCAGGCGCGCGCGCAGCCGCGCCGCCCCCGCCGCCGCCGGAUCACCCGGGGUCGCUGCUUGAUAUGCUCAAUUAUUUAGGUAUAAGCCCGUACAGCGGAGACAACUUCUACGCAGCCGAAGUCAAAGACAUGGCCAGCAUUAUCCAAAGGAUAAUCACUGAUGGUUUCCGGUUAGAGUUACCCGAGACUGUGGACUUAGUUUUAGAAACUGGCAUUUGCUCAAAAGACGAUGAAAUAGACGGUAACUGCAUAGUUCGCGCACGAGGCUUGCCGUGGCAGUCGUCAGAUCAGGAUAUCGCCAAAUUCUUCCGAGGACUCAAUGUUGCCAAAGGUGGCGUAGCCCUGUGCCUCUCGCCUCAAGGUAGACGUAACGGCGAGGCGCUGGUGCGCUUCGUGUCCCAGGAGCACCGCGACAUGGCGCUCAAACGACAUAAACAUCAUAUCGGCUCACGGUACAUUGAGGUGUACCGUGCAAGCGGCGAAGACUUCCUGUCAGUAGCAGGGGGCGCCACUUGCGAGGCAGCCGCCUUCCUCUCCCGAGGAGCUCAGGUCAUAGUGCGGAUGAGAGGACUGCCCUAUGAUGCCACGCCGCAACAAGUUCUGGAUUUCUUCUCGACGGGCGACAACCCAGUCCUAGUACUGGACGGGGCAGAAGGCGUGCUAUUCGUUCGUCGAGCUGAUGGCCGCGCCACGGGAGACGCCUUCGUACUCUUCGCUAAGGAGGACGAUGCUCCUAAGGCCUUGUCGAGACACCGCAAGUCCAUUGGAGCCAGAUAUAUUGAGCUGUUCCGGUCUACUACUGCUGAAGUGCAACAGGUCUUAAACAGGUCCUUGGAGACGCGUACCAGCCAGUCAAGUACUCCAUCAACAGCCCCCGCUCCCGCUGAGGGUCUACUCCCGGUAGCCCUGGUUCCUCAGCACGUCAUCACGUCAGGAACUGCUAAGGACUGUGUUAGGCUCAGGGGCUUGCCUUAUGAAGCGCAGGUCGAGCACAUAUUGACAUUCUUAGACGAGUUUGCCAAAAACAUUGUCGUGCAAGGAGUACAUAUGGUAUACAAUGCUCAGGGCCACCCCAGCGGCGAGGCGUUCAUCCAGAUGGACAGUGAGGCGAGCGCGUUCUUGUGCGCGCAGCAGAAGCACCACCACUACAUGACCUUCGGCAAGAAGCAGCGGUAUAUCGAGGUGUUCCAGUGCUCGGGCGACGACAUGAACCUGGUGCUGACCGGCGGCGUGACGCCCGCCACGUCGCCCAAGGUGCUCUCCCCCGGUCCCCUGACGUACUACUACCCAGCGCUAGGGCCGACGCUGCCGCCCCCACCGCUAGUGUACUGGGGCUACCCAACCCCACCAGUGUCACCAGCCCAUUACUACCACCCGCCACACCACCCACAAACCAUGAUACCUGAAGUAGUGUCAGUGGGGGGAGGGUCUCCGAUUCCCAUCCCACCCCCAGCCGCGUGCCCCGAGUGGCCGAUAUUCAUGGUCAACUAACCACAACGAAGAUUGCUCACAGCAUAUAUAAUUAUAAAUUAAUACAUUUAAUUAUAAGUAAUUUUAUAAAUUAUAAUAGGUAAAUUUUAUGUUAAAAUUAGAGAAGAUAAAUAUUCGAGAUGUAAUUCUUAUUUUAAAUAUUCAGAAAGAGUUUCGUUUGUGAUUUCUUUAAACUUGUUUGACUCUAAAUAUUAUUUUACUAAAUACAACUCUCGAUUGAUUUUAUGACUAAAUCUUUGAUUUCCGUCUUAAAUGUUUUUUUUACAAAGGUGCUUUGUUUGUAACAAGCGGAACUUUUUCUUUUCACAUUGUACAAACAAGAACUUCGAAUAUUUUAUAAAUUCUCUAUUUAUAAUCUUCCUAUCAUCACCUAUCAAAAACGAAUGAAAUGGCUCAAAGUAUAACAAGAGUGAUAUUUAUAAAAUAAAUUAUAUGUUAAUUUAAUUAAUUUUAUAUAAAUUUGCAUACAUAAAAUUUGUUGCAAUUAUGUUAUUAUUUUGUUUUAAAAAUUUGUAAAUGAUCUACUUAUGUUUGUUGAUCUUUCAGAUAUUUUAGCGAAUCUUAUACAUAUAGUUGACAUAUAAAAAUACUAAUUAUAAAAUAAUAUUAUUGUUUUAAAUUUUAGACUUAAAAAUAGUUAUAAGUAAUGUUAAGUACUUAAAUAAAAAUGCCUUCCUUCAUGGCAUUCGUAAAAAAAAACUAAAAUAAAAAGCCAAAAUCACACUAGGAAAGUUCCUCUUCAUAGCUACAAAAUCUAUCAGAUAUUUAUUUUAAACACAGAGACACAAGCAAAAAAAUCACUAAGGUGCUAAAAAUGUAUAUAUUUUUUUUUAUAUUUUAUAAAUCAGAUUUUCUUUUUCUUAUUCAUCACAUACCUACUUCUUUUUCCAUUUUUUUCAAUGUCCGAAUAUAUAUUUUUUAAUCGACUUCAAAAAUGUUUUGUUUGUAUAUUUUCUUGCUUGCCUGCCUACUGUGUUGACAUAGACAUCGAAUGCAUGUACCACAGUGAUAUAAAGGUGCUGUUUCAUAACGUUUGUAGAAAUUAAACCAAAUAUAAAUAUGUUAUUGAGUUAAUUUUUACUUAGAAUAAGUCAAAGCUCAAUUAGUAUAGUAUUUAGUAGAUUUAUUCGAACCAGAAAUAUGCCAUAAUUUUUAAGAUAACUUUUAAUACAGCUGUAUAAGCAGUUACUGUUUGAAAUAUUAUAAAAAAAUAAAGGCAAUGCUUUUUUUAAAAUAAAGUUCUCGAAGUUGUAUGAUCUUUUUUAAACGGAACUGCUUGUAUGUGCAAUUCAUUGCUCAUUCACAUAAUUAAUUAUAACAAUAUAAAUUAACAUGUUUAUGUGUCAGAGGAAUCCCUCUAUAUUAGUCAAGCCUUUGACUAAGAAUUCAAAAACUUUUAGUUUAAUCUCUUAUUAAGUAAUACUUAAAGUUAAACUUAUGUCUAUGUUAUCAAAGGCCAGUAGAAUUCAGUUAAAUUUUAAAUUCGGCUCGACCAAACCUGACGUGAGUGAAAAAUGCUCGAUUUGAAUGACCAUGCUCAAUUUUAUUUAGAUACUCAACGUUUAUUUAGAUUUCACAUUGGUUGCCAGUCUCGAUGUUAUAUCAUUGAAUAUUAGCAUAUAUUUAUUGAUACUCGUAUCACAAGCACAAUUUAAUUUUGACGAUCUAAGAAAUAUAGUUUUCAUUUUUAUGGGACAAUAUUGCACUUUCCAUAUUAUUAUAAAAAAUAAAAUGUGCGAAUUUAUAAAUUACAGUAUACAAAAUUAUAAUUGUUCACUGACAUCUAAAUCGUUUAUGAAGAAAAGAAUAAAUUUUAUUUUUAUUGACUUAUUCGUUAAUAGCCCCGGAGCUUCUACAGGAAGUUACUAACGAAACUAGUAUUUAAGUGAUUCAAACAUAAAAAAUAUAUUUCAAUUAGAUUUAAAAGCAAAUUAUUUUUUUUUACAAAAGUGAUGUGGUUCUGGUACUUACACCGACUUAAUUACAUAUGCUCAGUGCCUAACUUGAAAUAUAUUUUUUAUUGUUAAUUUUAUUAUAAUGUUAUAUUAAGUUAAAAUAUAUUAUUGGCAUAAUAAUGUUUUAUAUAAUUUAUCGUACGAUAAUGUACGAAGAGAUACAACAAAAUCAUAAAUGUCUUCCAAUCUGUAUAAUAUUUAUUUAAGAGGUCACAAAAUAUUGUGAUAAGUUAAUAGAGAAUAAUUAUGUUAUUUUAAGUUAUAAUAUAAUGUGUGUUACAAAUAUUACGAGUUUAGAUUGUUGAUAGAUUUGAUAUUCUAGAAAAAUAUUACAAAAUUGUUUUAAAUACAGGUGUUAUAUUUUUGUAGAUAAUACAGAAACUUGUAAAAAAAUAUUUCUAAAUAAUUAUUAAUUAUUGAAAAUUUCAUAUUUUACGUUAUAGAAGUCGUCUAACAAAUUAUUUGCGAUUAUUUUAUCUAAAUGAUUGUAUAUUUUGUUGAACACCUGUAUUGUAAAAUAUAGUAACACAAUCUUUAUUAGUUUAAGUGUUAAAAACCAUGUCCAUGACACAAUUUAUCAUAAUAUAUGUUAUAUACAUUUAAAUAUAGAAAAUAAAAUAAAAUUCCCUUUUAACUAAAAUGUCUCAAAGUACGAGCACUUUUAAAUUAAAGAGUAAUUAAUUUGGUCAUUAUAAAUAUAUCGUAUAAAAAAUAUUUUUGUAGCAGGCUCUAAUUCUACCAAAAUAAAUGUGUCUCGUAUUAUAUGUAUUUAUUUUAAAGUAACAAGAAUAAAGUUUUAUUUGUCGUUUAGUACAACUUAGUAUUCUUGCCGAAAAACAUAAAUACAGGAGACAUUUACAUUUUACAAGAUUUUUAUAGUUUCGUUUCCUACUUUAUGAUAUAUGAAAUGUUAAUUUAUGUUUAUAAAGAUAUAAUCAUGAUUUUCACAACAAUCCAAUAUUCUUUUGACUGUCAUUUUAAUCAAUUUCAAAUAAUACAAUAUUUAUGUAAUAUAUUAUAAAUAUAACAAUGUAAUUAUAAUUAUAAAAAUGAAGAUAGUUAUCAUUAUUUGUUUUGUUACUUUUAUACUUCACAUUUUAAUUUUAUAAAUAUCUCCGGAAAGCCAGUGAUAUUUCUGUUCAAAGUGAUCUUUAUUUAUAAAUUGUUACCUUCUAUUUUAUUCUUUAUAGGUCUGUUAUAAAUAAAUAGUAGUAACAUUACAUUUAGUAGUAGUCAAUAUUAGAUGUGCAAUUUUAGUAAAUAGACAUUUUUCGAUAUUUAAUGCCAAAACUGUUUGGUUUCAUAUCAUACAAAGUAGUGAAUUGUUCCGAUAAAUAAAUAAAUAUAGACAAAUUA